UUUUCAAUGCCAGGCAAAGUUAAUAUUUCAUUUGGGACCCAUGUACGGCGCCAUUCGUUAGACCGCAAUUUUAUUUUCUAAAUUAUUGAAGGAGAAAUAUGGGAAGCCAAUAUAUUCAACUUAUACUAUGGACACUAAUUUCAAUGGCAACCACGGGCUGUGCCAAAACUGGCUACGGACCCGGUGAACAGGAUUGGGGUUACAUUGAUAUACGACCGGGUGCCCAUAUGUUCAAUUGGCUAUACUACACCACAGCUGAUGGCGUGGCCAAUUACACUGAACGCCCCCUGGCAAUAUGGCUGCAAGGUGGUCCCGGCCUCUCAUCAACUGGUCUGGGUAAUUUCGAUCAACUGGGCCCCAUCGAUAUGCAUGGCAACGAACGCAACUGGACAUGGGUUAAGCAAAUGAAUGUAUUAUUCAUUGAUAGUCCAUUGGGUAGUGGCUUCUCCUAUGUCGACAAUAUGACGCUAUUGCCAUCCACAAAUAAUGAAAUUGCCUUGGAUUUGGUGGCAUUUUUGAAGAAAUUCCUUGAAUUGCAUCGAGAAUUUGAAACGGUUCCAUUGCAUAUUUUCACCCAAAGUUAUGGUGGUAAAAUGGCUCCAGAAUUUGCCUUGGAAUUAUAUAAGGCUGUGCAGCGUGCGGAAGUGAGUUGCGAUUUGAAAUCGGUGGCCAUUGGUGGUCCAUGGACAUCGCCCAUUGAUUCCAUCUUAGCUAGGGCACCACUGCUAUUUCAUUUGGGCUUAGUAGACCAAGAGGGCCAUGAUCAAAUAAUGAAAUUGGCUCAUAAAGCUUUGCAUUUGGUGGAGCAGAAAAAAUGGAUUGCAGGCGACGUUGUGGAAACAGAAUUGACCACUUUCAUUGAGCAAAAAACCUAUAAUGUGGAUUUCUAUAAUAUUUUGAAAUAUGAAAAAGAAAAUGUUCAUGAAAAAAAGUUGGAAGAUUUUAUGCGUGGACGAGUUAGCCAGGCAUUGGGUAUACCACAACACGUACACUGGGGACUCCAUGAAAACGAUAUAUUUGAAAAUAUUAAAGGAGAAAUUUUAAAACCAGCCACUCACAUUGUUGAAGAACUCUUAAACAAAACCAAUGUUAAAGUCAGCGUUUUCACGGGGCAAUUGGAUGUGAUUUGUGCCACUCCAGGCACGAUCAAUUGGAUUGAGAAAUUGCGGUGGCUCCAUCGUGAUGAAUAUGUGCGAGCUCCCCGUUUGCCCAUUCGCAUUGAUGGAAAUAUUGAAGGCUAUGAAAAAAGUGGUGGGAAUUUUACUCUCUUUUGGGUAAAUCGUGCUGGGCAUGUUGUACCUGUUGAUAAUCCUAUGGCUAUGAAUUAUAUAUUGAAGAAAUGUUCAAAGUUAGACAAUGAAUAAAAAGAGGAGGAAAUUCAAGAUAAAGAUAUAAAUAAAUGUUCUCAGAGAAAUUUGAUUAUUGGAAUUUUUUGCAGGUCUUCUACAGGCAAGCGACCAGUCUUAAGGUGGGAAUACAUAAAGCACUUAUAUGCCUGCUUAAGGCUGGAAAUACAUAAAGCGCAUAUUUGGCUGGCUUAAGUCAUCGGCUGGCUUCUUCGUAGAUGAACAAAGGAGUUU